CGCAUUCCCCGGAGCAGUGUGUGUUGCGGCCGGGCCAGCGCCGAGACUCCGGCCCACUCCAGCCAAGUAGGAGCCCGCGGCACGACGCGCGGCACGCUCGGAACGCACGGCCCAGGUCCGCCGGCACCAUGGUGCACAACACCGUCCUCGACAAGCUCAAGGGCUACUACGAGCCCUACGUCCUGGCCAUCGUGUCCGUCGGCUACGUCGUCGGUGAGCUCGGCCACUACCUCAUCGGCGUCACCACCAAGUACACCGCGCGUGACCUCCAGUAUGGCGACAUCGGUUGCCUGUUCAACAGUUCCACCCUCAGCCUGACAGACAUCCCCACCGAGUGCUACACUGCCAACAACUCCGACACAUGCCUGGAGCUGCGCGUCAACGGGUCCGGGUACUGCGAGUGGGACCGCAACGGGCUGGGCCUGGACUACCAGGUCAUCGCCGGCCCCGCUUUCAUCCUGGUCUUCACCUUCAUGGGUGUCAUCCUGGGCAUCGCCGCGGACCGCUACAACCGGGCGCGAAUCCUGUCCGUGUGCUCCAUCAUCUUCGCGGUGGCCAUCAUCCUGACGGGCGCCGUCAAGGAGUUCUGGCACCUCGUGCUGCUGAGGAUUCUCCUGGCCGCCGGGGAGUCGGCCUGCAACCCCAUGGCCACCGGCAUCCUGUCGGACAUCUUCCCCGAGGAGAAGCGCGGCCUCGUCAUGGCCAUCUUCAACUGGGGCAUCUACGGCGGCUACGGCAUCGCCUUCCCCGUGGGCCGCUACGUCACCGAGAUGAACGCCUGGGGGCUGGGCUGGCGGGUGCCGUACUACGGCGCGGGCGUGGUGGCGCUCAUCAUCGCCGUGCUCAUGACGCUGACGCUGCGCGAGCCGGAGCGGCAGGCCAUCGGCGAGGAGAGCACCAAGCAGGCCGGCGAGGCGGCCACGCCCACCUGGAAGGUGCUGCUGCAGCCCCGCAUCGUGCUGCUGUGCAUCGCCGCCUCCAUCCGCCACUGCGGAGGCAUGACGUUCGCCUACAACUGCGACCUCUAUUACCGGGAGUACUUCCCGGACUACGACCUAGGCUGGUGGCUGUUCGCCGUCACCAUCGUCAUCGGCAGCAUCGGCGUCGUGGUGGGCGGCGUCGUCUCGGACAAGUUCGUGGCCAAGAUGGGGGUGCGCUCCAGGGUCGCUGUGCUCGCCAUCAGCCAGCUCAUCUCCACGCCGUUCGCGUUCGGCAGCGUGUACCUCAACCCGGUGGGGGCCAUGGUCACGCUCGGGAUCUCCUACUUCUUCGCUGAGAUGUGGUUCGGCAUCGUGUUCGCCAUCCUGGUGGAGAUCACCCCGCUGGCGUGCCGCUCCACCGCCGUGGGGGUCUUCCUGUUCGUCAUGAACAACGUGGGCGGCAACCUGCCGAUCCUCGUGGAGCCCGUGUCCAAGGCCAUCGGCUACCGGGAGUCGCUCUUCAUCUUCUACGCCGGCUUCUACCUCAUCAGCUCGGUGCUCUUCUUCUUCACCAUGUUCCUGAUGGACGGCCCCAAGAAGGCGCCCCGCGACUCGGGCCACGACAACCCCGCCGCCACCCUGGAGAUGGUAUCCGGCGGCCCCGGCGCGCUCAACGGCCGGGUGUGAACACACGCGCCCACCACCACCAAGGACGGCCCGGCCACGCCGCCAAGGCCACCAAGGACCAGCGGACCACGUUGUCGAGCAAGCCGCGACUUGGACAAGUAGUUGUUUCGCUUUUGCUGACGGCGUGGUUCGCAGGUCUGCGACGACGUGGAGGAGGGCGGGGCGCGCAGCUGCCAAAGUUCCUGCAUAGUAAUAAUAGAUAGUCUCAUUUCGACGGGCUCGCCGACCGCCACGGAGUCCCCCCUGUCCGUGGACUUUAUUGGAAGACGGAUUCCCUGGCCAAGCCAUGGCCGGGCCUUGAGAAGUUGCCGCCCAUUCAUCGGCGAGACCUCGACCAGUGUCGGACUCCAGUCGCCCGGCGGCGCGGCGCGCACCGAGACUGAGGUCGCCGUCGACGGGCAGAGACCGCGGGGCCGCCGAGGCCGGGACGGGCGCAGCGCAAAUUCCACCAAGUUUGCGUCAGCGGUUCGAAUGUCGGACCGCGCGUGCUUUUCGCGAGGCAUAGCCUCUGUCAGCUCCAUGACGUCCACGACGCGGAGCGGGAGAGUGAGAAAGAGCGAGAGAGGCGGCCCGAAGUCAGCCCAAAGUCAGCCCCGGCCUGUCGCGGAGGAAGAAAAGAAUCAUCUCUUGUUGGACAGCGAAUGGCGGAUCAAAGGACGUCUCCGUCGGGCUGCCUGGCUGCCCGACGCCGUCAAAGCGCAGGAAGCGGGGCGGACGGGACGGGGCGGCAGGGCCGAAGGACCGGCCCGAGACUUGUAAUGAGGCGAAAGAGGAUUGUGACUCGGUAACGAGAACGAGGUUCCCACAACGCCACCAUCUGCGUCUGCCGUCCGCCCCGCCGGAGAGGGUACUUUGGGGACCGAAACGUGUUCGGCGGUGCACACUGUCAGUGAUAUCGUCUUUUGAUAUAAAGAACCUUGUUGUAUAGUACCACUAGUAUUUAUCAUAUUGUUAGAGAUGGCGUUGGAUUAAUGCGGCUAUAAUGACUGUUUAGUUUAAUUUGUAGCAAUACUUAUUGUACGCAAAUAUAGCAAUUUUCAUGUGAGUUACCAGUUACGAAUUCUAUUCAAAUUCAUUUGUGUUAUAUAUUUACCGUAAGUUAAGAAGUGCAAACGUGAGAAAAUGAUAAUAAACUUUCGAACUAUUCAACUUUU